CCGUUUUGGCUCAAGGUUGCAGCCGUGCGGCUCGACGAUUUUUCAACGCCAGCUCCCUUCCCGAGCACCCCGCCUGCAGACCGUGGCGCCGGGGAUGGACCUCGCCGGGCCCUCCCCAGUUUUGGCCUUCGCCGCACCUGCGACCGGGCAGCUCCGGGCCGUGAGCGCGGAGCCCUCGUCCGGCACCGCCUCCCUGCGAGGCAGCCGCGUCGCGGCGCCCGCCGCGCCCUGGGCAGCCGCCUGGCCGGCCUGGGCGGCGGCCGCGGGCGGCGCCGCCGUGGCAGGCCUGAGGCUGCAGGCUCGCAGGGUCAGGAUCGGGCUGGCAGGGCGCGCUCGCAGAAGGCAGUCCUCCGCGCGGCGGCCGUGGCCGAGGCGCCAGCGAAGACCGAGGAGGAUGCGAGGCCCGUCUUCCCGUUCGCGGCCAUCGUGGGACAGGCCGAGAUGAAGCUGGCCCUGCUCUUGAAUGUGAUCGACCCGAAGAUCGGCGGCGUCAUGAUCCUGGGUGACCGUGGCACCGGCAAGACGACCACGAUCCGCGCCCUCGUGGACCUCCUUCCGGAGAUCCCGUGCGUGUCGGGCGACCCCUACAACUCCUCGCCGACCGAGUACGACGUUAUGAGCGACGACGUCCGCAGUCGCAAGGGGAAGGGCGAGGACCUUCCGAUCUCCACGAUGAAGGUGCCGAUGAUCGACCUGCCUCUCGGAGCCACAGAGGAUCGCGUGUGCGGCACCAUCGACAUCGAGAAGGCCCUGACGCAGGGCAAGAAGGCCUUCGAGCCAGGACUGCUUGCCAAGGCGAACCGUGGCAUUCUGUACGUGGACGAGGUGAACCUCCUGGACGACCACCUCGUUGAUGUGCUGCUGGACAGUGCUGCAGGAGGUUGGAACACCGUCGAGCGUGAGGGCAUCAGCGUGCGCCACCCGGCGAAGUUCAUCCUCGUGGGAAGCGGCAACCCAGAGGAGGGCGAGCUCCGACCGCAGUUGCUCGACCGCUUCGGCAUGCACGCCCUGAUCCGCACGGAGAGGGAUCCCGAGCUGCGCGUGCAGAUUGUCGAGGGAUGCCAGAAGUUCGCCUCCGACCCGAAGGGCUUCCGAUCGGAGUACAGCGCCGACAACAAGGAGUUCGCCGACCAGGUGAUCGCCGCGCAGGAGCGCCUCAAGGAGGUGACGCUCUCCCCCGACCUGGCGCGAAAAAUCUCUGAGGUCUGCAGCGAGCUGAACGUGGACGGCCUCCGGGGUGACAUCGUCACAAAUCGCGCCUCGAAGGCAUUCUGUGCCUUCGAUGGAAGGACCGAGGUUACCGCCGACGAUAUCAAGAAGGUCAUUACCUUAUGUCUGCGCCACAGACUCAGGAAGGACGUGCUCGAGAGCAUGGACUCUGGCGACAAGGUCCUGAAGGUAUAUUCUGCCGUCUUCGAGGAGUGA